CAGUGCACUGCCUCUCAUACUCUUGCUGAUGUCCCUCAUCCAUGCUGGACUCACUCAAGAUUUAUCCAGAUCUACACUGACUGUGACACCAGACAGUCCUGUAUUCACUGGAGAGACAGUCAAUCUGACGUGUGUGAUUGAGUCUUACAGUAACUGGAGAUAUGAGUGGUAUAAAGGCAGCUACAGAGUAAUGUCACAGACGUCUGAGCGUUACACUGUAAACAGAGACACUCUCACUAUCAGAGGAGCUACUGAGUCUGAUCAGGAUCAGUACUGGUGUAGAGGACAGAGAGAUGAAAGACCAAAAUCUUCACACACAAGCUCUGCUGUUUAUCUCACUGUGAUGGAUUUACCCACAUCUACACUGACUGUGACACCAGACAGUCCUGUAUUCACUGGAGAGACAGUCAAUCUGAAGUGUGUGAUUGAGUCUUACAAUAACUGGAAAUGGAGAAAUGACAGGACAUAUGGCUGGACAUAUGACUGGACACCUGAGUGGAGAUAUGAGUGGUAUAAAGGCACAGACAGUGUAAUGUUACAGCCGUCUGAGCGUUACACUGUAAACAGAGACACUCUCACUAUCAGAGAAGCUACUGAGUCUGAUCAGGAUCUGUACUGGUGUAGAGGACAGAGAGAUGAAAAACCAAAAUCAUCACAAUCAAGCUCGGUUUCUCUCAAUGUGAUGGGUGAGAUAAAUAUUUUUGCCCUCAUAAACUUUCGCUAAUAUGAUCACAUACCUAGUUGAGAGACUGUAGUUCUGUUCAAAAUGCGUAUUAUACUAUCUUGUUUAUUGAACAUAACUUAGUAUAUACUGUUUUCUGCCUAAUACCUGUUAAUAG